AUGUGCAAUGCUGCGUCGUCGAAGCGGCCUCCACCACCACCCAAGGACCGAUCCGGACAGCUUCGCACCGACCGGCCCCACACCCCGCGGACCCCACCAUCAGAAAACCCCUGCUUCCUUGACAAUUGGGGCUCGGGCGAAAUUCAAUCGAAGCAUCUUUUGCGACGACGUCCCGCCCGAAAACUCGAGCUUCCCAGAUCACGACCAAUUUUACAAACUUGCCAAGCCGCCGAGGCCUCAUCACAGCGUGCGAGACCGAGCGGAAACACACGAGAACGAAGCAACGCACACGUGCAUACACAGACAGAUACACACGCAAACAUGGCGUCGGCACAGCAGGUUCUGCUCUCUCCGGCAGAGCUCGCCUACCUCCACUCCUCCCUCUCCCUCACGCCGCCCAUCCGCCCGGAUGGCCGCAAGGCGAACCAGUUCCGCCCCCUCACAGCCGAGACGGGCAUCCUCCCGGGCACCAACGGCAGCGCACGCGUGUGCUUCUCCGACGGCACCGAAGCCAUCGUCGGCGUCAAGGCAGAGAUCGAAAAGACCCGCGUGCCGCCUGGCGCAGAGGCGAACGAGGAGCCGGCGGAGAAGAGGACAGAAGACCAAGAUGGAGAUUCCAAGGGCAGCAACGACUGGCUCGAGAUGACGGUCGAGAUCCCCGGCUCCAGAGACGACGACGCCGCGACCGUGUUCCUGUCCAACAUGCUCAGCGAGGCGCUGCUCGCCGACGGGGAGUUCACCAAGAAACUGCGGAUUAACAAUCGGUUCCACUGGAAGCUCUACCUAGACAUCCUCCUAAUCUCCCCGCCGCUGUCGUACCCCCUCCCGCUCCUCUCCCUCACAACGCACCUCGCCCUCCUGGCGACCCGCCUGCCGCGCCUCAAGUCCGAGGGCGACGAAGACCCCAUGUUCGACGACGACUGGGAGGCCUCGACGUUCCUGUACCCGCGCGACGGCAGCGCACCCGCGGCGGGCGCACGGCCGCCCAUCACGCUGCUCGUCAUCGCCGUCGGCGGCAACAUCAUUUUCGACCCGGCGCGCGAGGAGCUCGCCGUCGCCGAGUCGGCGCUCGCCGUUUCGGUAGCGGAGGAGAAGACGGCGGCGUCGGCGGGCGGCAUGGACGUGGACGGACGCGAGCUGAAGCUGCUCUCCGUGCGGACGGUUGACCCGCCCUCGCGGCUGACGGCACCCGGCGUGCUCAACUCGGUGAACCCCGCAACGGGCCUCGCCGGCACACCGUCAAAAGCGCCGCCGGCGCCGCCGGCCGGCGAGGAUAAGGUGGCCGAGGGCGUGUGGAGACCGCCCAUAGGUGGCACCAAGCUGCACGUGCUCGAGGGGAUGGUCUCCAAGGUGCUGGAGAAGGGAGGCAUUGCGGACGAGGUGCUCGAGGGGAUCGCCGCGGUGGAGCUGGCUUAGGCACGGCCGGACAUGGUUUUACGCUUGCGACACACACAUCGGGAUGGGCGAUUGGCAGGGAAGACAAAAGUCAUGAUACCAAUUUGGUGGCUCUGGGUUCGAGA